UCUCUUUUUUUUUUCUUUUUUCAUCUCUCUUCGAUUCCAAAAUUUUCAAAUCUCCGGAAAUUUUUCAUAUUUCUGGAGAAAAUAUUGUUUCCUCCCUACAAUGGCGUCCGAGAAUCUGAAUGAUAAGAUCUCUGUUUUCAAGAAGCUCAAAGCUAAAUCAGAGAAUAAGAUUUGUUUUGAUUGCAAUGCGAAGAACCCAACAUGGGCUUCCGUUACUUACGGGAUCUUUCUCUGCAUCGAUUGCUCAGCUGUUCAUCGGAGUCUUGGCGUCCACAUCAGCUUCGUCAGGUCUACAAAUUUGGACUCAUGGAGCCCUGAGCAGCUGAAGAUGAUGGUGUAUGGAGGAAACUGCAGGGCACAAGUCUUUUUCAAGCAGUACGGAUGGAGCCAAGGAGGUAAAACCGAGUCUAAGUAUACUUCCAGACCUGCUGAGUUGUAUAAACAGAUUCUUGCUAAAGAAGUUGCUAAAAUUACCAAACCCGACGACGAUUUCGUUUUGCCUCCUGAUUCAACACAUGUGCCCAAUGGGCUUUCCAGCAUUAGAACCAGUGAAUCUCCUAAAGAGAGUGAUCAUACUGUAAAGCAGCAAGAUAAGCCUGAAGUUGUUCCCGUCUCACCAAGAGUUUCUCGCAGCCUUAAGAAACCUCUUGGUGCCAAGAGGACUGGCAAAACUGGAGGACUUGGCGCCCGGAAGCUAACUACUAAGUCUAGCGAGACUCUUUAUGAUCAAAAACCAGAGGAAACUGUAGCUAUGUCAGUGACUUCCCCAGCUUCAGCUAAAUCAGCCAGGUCAUCUUUUGCAUCCCGCUUUGAUUAUGUGGACAACGUUCAAAACAGAGAAGAAUACAUGAGCCCUCAAGUGGUUAGUCACGUAGCUCCACCGAAAUCAACAGGCUUCUUCGAGGAGGAGUUGGAGAUGAACGGAGGCGGGUUUCAGAAGAAACCUAUCAGGACUUCCUCAAAAGUGCAAAUUCAAGAAACAGAUGAGGCGAGGAAGAAGUUCACUAACGCGAAAUCAAUCUCCUCUGCUCAGUACUUUGGAAACGACAACAACUCCGCCGACCUUGAAGCCAAAAGUUCAUUAAAGAAGUUCUCAGGUUCAUCAGCGAUCUCUAGUGCUGAUCUUUUUGGAGACAGUGAUGGAGAUUUCCCUCUUGAUCUCACCGCCGGCGAUCUUCUCAACCGUCUCUCUAUCCAGGCCCAACAAGACAUGUCAUCAUUGAAGAACAUGGCAGAGGAGACAACGAAGAAGCUCGGCUCUGUUGCUUCCAGCUUAUGGGUCUGAAAGGUUUUAUGAUUUUUUCUGGAAAGACACAAACCCAUUCAAUUUUUUUGUUUAUACCCUAAGUCCCAUUUCCAAAUCAAUUAUUCUAUUCUUUACAAGGGAAACACUGUUUUGUUGUAACUGAAAAUUAUCAAUAUUUUGUAUAAUAUGAGAUUAUGAAUUUGUUAAAAACUGUCAUCAAAUAAACA